CAAUUUUGUCCCCGCAUGCAUCUUCCUCUUCUUCAGCCCAUUUCUUCCCCAUUAUUCUAAAAAUCAUAAUUGUAGUUUUAUCAACUUACUCUAACCAAACCCCAAAUAAUAAUAUUUACCUAAAAAUAUGGCAUCACAUUUAAUUUAUUAUGUCUCUUUUAAUAAAUGAUCAUCAUCAAAUAUAUUUAUUUUUCUAUAAGCUGACCUUUCUCUCUCUAAUCCAUUUAUGACUUUCCCAUUAACAAGCAAUUAACCAUUUUCUUUUUCACAUGGUUAUUCAUCAUUUCUAUGUUUUCUUCUGAUUAAUUCAGAGAAUUAAGUCAGAUUCCUUCCUGCAAUUGAUUUUCUGCUACUUGUAUAACUUGCAGUUUGAAAUUUUUAGAGGGAGAAAGUGAUAUGAAUUGGAAACUCUCUGAUCAUUAUCAAUGAAUGAUGAUUAUAAUGACCUAAUUCUCAGAAACAAGUCAUUAUUAGUGUAUAAAAUCUGACUUCUGGAUUAGCCAUUUGAGAAAAGAGAAGUAAAACCAAAUGGGUAGCUUUGGAUUUUCAUUUAUAUCCAUAAUCUUGCUUGGGUUUUGUUUGGUUCAUGUAUAUUGUGAGCCAUGGCAUGACAAACAAGCCUUGCUUGAUUUCCUUCGGAACACUUCCAUUUCGCGGUCUUUAAACUGGGAUCCAAACAUCCCCUUGUGCACCAAUUGGACUGGUGUAACAUGUAAUGAUCACCAAACAAGGGUGAUUGCUCUCCGGUUGCCUGGAGUCGGAAUUCGAGGCUCGAUUCCACCGAACACUCUUAGCCGUCUUUCUGCUCUUCAAACACUUAGCCUUAGAAAUAAUGGGAUUUCAGGUGUUUUUCCAUCUGAUUUUUCUAAGUUAGGAAACUUGACUUCUUUGUAUCUUCAUUACAAUAUGUUUUCUGGCCCCUUAACUUUGGAUUUCUCUGUUUGGCCUAAUCUUGUGGUUUUAGAUUUGUCCAAUAAUAACUUCAAUGGAAGUAUUCCUAGUUCAUUAGCCAAUUUAACCCACAUUACAGUUCUUGAUCUGUCUAAUAACUCACUUUCUGGUCAAAUUCCUGAUUUGGGUAUCCCAAGUUUAAGGUCUUUGAACUUAUCCCACAACCAUUUGACUGGGGUUAUUCCCAAUUCACUUCUAAGGUUUCCGAGCUCAUCAUUUGCUGGCAAUAAUGUUUCCUCCAAGGCGGUUUUCAUUCCCCCGAUACCAUCAUCUCUUCCACCCGAUAACCCAAGCCAUAAGGGUAAGAAGCUCAGUCAGACGGCAUUGUUGGGGAUAAUAAUCGGUGGAUCUGUUGUUUUGUUUGUUAUGAUCGCGCUUUGCAUGAUUAUUUUGUAUUCAAACAAGAAAAGGAAUGAGCAAAACAGUGACAAAGAGGCACAAUCGAAGGAGAAGUUCUCGGGUUUUAAGAAGAGGGGUCUUACAGAAAGCCGAGAAGAGAAGAAUGCUAGGAUCACAUUUUUCGAGGGUUCUAAAAUGGCGUUUAACUUGGAGGAUCUUUUAAGGUCCUCGGCUGUGGUUCUCGGCAAGGGCAUGUUUGGAACAACGUACAAAGCAUCGCUUGAGGAUAGUACAAUCGUAGUGGUGAAGAGGCUCAAGGAAGUGAGUGUAGGGAGGCGAGAUUUCGAGCAACAAAUGGACAUUGCUGGUAACAUCAAGCAUGAGAAUGUGGCUGCUUUAAGGGCAUAUUACUAUUCUAAAGAUGAGAAACUCAUGGUUUAUGAUUAUUUCAGUAAGGGCAGCUUAUCAACCAUGUUACAUGGAAAAAGAGAAAAUCAAUCUCCGUUGGGUUGGGAAGACCGACUAACAAUCGCCAUUGGUGCAGCAAGAGGCGUUGCUCACAUCCAUUCACAAAAUGGAGCAAAACUAGUGCAUGGAAAUAUAAAAUCCACAAACAUCCUUAUCAAUUCUCAAAAUUAUGGUUGUAUAUCUGACCUAGGUUUAGCAACCAUAGUUACACCUAUGGCUCCACCAAUUCAACGCGUAAUAGGGUACCGAGCACCAGAACUCACAGACUCUCGAAAAGCCACCCAAGCUUCGGAUGUUUACAGUUUCGGAGUCCUGCUACUCGAACUUUUGACGGGUAAAAUGCCUCUAGGAGAAGGUGUGCCCCUAGUGAAAUGGGUGAAUUCCGUGGUUAGAGAGGAGUGGACAGCUGAAGUUUUCGCUGUAGAACUUUUACGGUACCCUAACAUAGAAGAAGAGAUGGUGGCAAUGCUCCAACUCGGAAUAAGUUGUACCGAACGAGUCUCCGAGAAAAGACCGAAGAUGUGUGAGGUGGUUAGAAUGUUGGAAGAUAUACGACGAGGGAACUCUGGGACGUGCCCAUCAUCGGAAGUUUCAACGCCAACCCCAACAGGGCUUUCACAUAGAGUUGAAGCAGGAUCCAGUUCCACUUCCAAUUAUCUUACUCCACAAUAAGAUUGCUUGUCUAAGUAGCUAAAAUUAGUUGUAACAAAUUAAGUAUAUUAUUGUUUUUUGUUGUUUGUUUAUUCCAUAGGAAAUGGUUAUCUUGCUUAAAAAUUGAGGCACAUGGGUUGGAUUUACAGUCAUUAUUGUUUUGCAAAUAGUGGGAUGAAAGUAGUUUACCAACCAUAGCCAGCUAAUAUCAAAAGUUAGCUGAAAGCAUUAUUUUUUUUCUCUAUAAUUGCCCAGCGAAAGUAAACUGUCUAAAUCUGGCUUGUUGUAGUCUUUCUCAUUAUCAAUUAACAUAAGUUAUUUCUUUUAA